CUGGAACUCCAGCUUCAUGGCGGGAACAUCGCUGGGGUGAGCUAGCCCUAGGGCGAUGUUGGCAGGUGGGAGCCAAGCGCGUUGCUAGCUCCCUGGAGGCAGCCUGCUGGGGGAACCCAGGCACUAGUGCUCUAGGGAGGGGCAUGGGACCCCCAGUCUCUGGCUACAGCCCCAGAUCUGGGAGUCAGGACUCAGGGGCCUCCUGUCCACUGGGAAGACAGGGCACAGCCUGGCUAGGGAGUGCAGCCUCCUGCCUUGUGCUGCCAGAUCUCCACAUCACCUCUGCUGGUGUCUGCACUGCCACCACUGCUGCCAAGCCCAUCCCUGCUCACCCUGGGCUCCCCAGCUCCCGUGGGCGGCAUCAAGCUGCUCAAGUCAGGUGCCCAUGGGCUAAUUCACAACCUUGCCCCUGCCCGGCAUGGCUGGAGAUUGCCUGGGGCAGGGACCUGCAGCCAGUACUAAAACGCCUGGCGGGGGAGAGGGAGUGCAAGCCAGAUAACAUCAAGGCCCCCCUGUCCUGCUCAGAGUGGUCCAGUCCUCGGCAGGCCCACCGGGGCUCGCAGCCGCCUCUUAAGGUGGUUGAGUCCUCUUUCUCCCCCUCCCGGUGGUUCUGUCCAGUCAGGACGUUUCGGUUUCUCACCGUCCCCCAUGUUUGGUACGACCCUCGCGGCUCCCCCUGCGCUGAAGGGUGCUUGGUUCGGUCCGCUCCGUUUCCGGCCUGUCCGGGGCCUGUUUCCGGUGUCCGACCUCACGCCGCCGCCGCCGUGAUGUUGCCGCUGUUGUCCCGGUCCCGCUGUCUGAGCCGGGCGCUCAAUGCCCUGCGGCAGGGAAACUGCACUCUGGCAAGAUGCUCUGUGUCUGGUGUUCCUGGAGGCCAGGGGCUGGCUUGCGCCAACAGUAGGAAGUUUGUUGCAAACAACUCAAGUAUCUUCGCUGUCCGUUACUUCAGAACCACUGCUGCAUGUAGGAACGAUGUGGUUACAGUGAACACUCCAGCAUUCGCAGAGUCAGUCACAGAGGGAGAUGUCAGGUGGGAAAAAGCUGUUGGAGACACAGUGACAGAAGACGAAGUGGUGUGUGAGAUUGAAACAGACAAGACAUCGGUGCAGGUCCCAGCCCCAGCAGCUGGUGUGAUUGAGGCUCUUCUGGUACCUGAUGGUGGGAAAGUAGAAGGAGGGACCCCUCUAUUCAAACUCAGGAAAACUGGAGCUGCUCCUGCCAAGGCCACACCAGCAGCAGCCCCUCCUCCUGCUGCUGCAGCCCCUGCACCUGAACCUGUCUCAGCUGCUGUUGCUCCUCCUGCAGCACCAAUCCCUACUGCAAUGCCACCAGUGCCACCUGUUUCAACCCAGCCCAUUGAGAGCAAGCCGGUUUCUGCAGUGAAGCCGACUGCAGCUCGUGCUGUGGAACCAGGACCCAGCAAAGGUGCCAGAUCAGAGCAUAGGGUGAAAAUGAACAGGAUGCGUCAGCGCAUUGCUCAGCGCCUGAAAGAGGCUCAGAACACUUGUGCCAUGCUGACCACCUUUAAUGAAAUUGAUAUGAGUAACAUUCAGGAGAUGCGAGCCCGGCACAAAGACUCCUUCCUGAAGAAGCACAACAUGAAACUCGGCUUUAUGUCAGCCUUUGUGAAAGCAACAGCCUUUGCCCUGCAAGAUCAGCCUGUUGUGAAUGCAGUGAUUGAUGACACAACCAAAGAGAUUGUGUACAGGGACUAUGUGGAUAUCAGCGUUGCUGUGGCAACUCCUAGGGGUCUCGUGGUCCCCGUCAUCAGGAAUGUAGAAACUAUGAACUUUGCUGACAUUGAGCGAACCAUCAAUGAGUUGGGAGAGAAGGCCCGAAAAAAUGAACUGGCCAUUGAAGACAUGGAUGGCGGCACCUUCACUAUCAGUAAUGGAGGAGUCUUUGGGUCGCUCUUUGGGACACCCAUCAUCAACCCCCCUCAGUCUGCCAUACUAGGAAUGCAUGCCAUUGUUGACAGGCCUGUUGCUGUUGGAGGCAAAGUCGAGGUGCGGCCCAUGAUGUUUGUGGCAUUGACGUACGAUCACCGGCUGAUUGAUGGCAGAGAGGCAGUGACUUUCCUGCGCAAGAUCAAGGCAGCAGUGGAGGAUCCCCGUGUGCUGCUGCUAGAUCUCUAGAGCAGCUGCACCCCCGUACGACCCAAGCAGGGCAGGGACGCAGCACCAGCACGGGCAAUAACAGGCAUUCAGGGAUUGGCAGGGGCUCUCCAGUCUCCCUCCCUCCCCUGUGGCUGGAGGCAUCUUAGAGGGAACCCUGAGUGUAGCUCCUACCUCCUUGUCUACCUGCUAGGGCUGCCACAGAGAGCAAACUACCAAAUAUCGUGAGCUUCCCAGUACCACUUCUGUAGUCUCCCCCGCCCCCCAGCACCCACGUAAUCACCUCCAGCCUGACCCAGCAGAUGGGAACAGAACCUGCUGGUGAUGGCAGUGCUAGGCUGCCCUUUCCUCACUGUCCCUCUGCUGGUUCAGCUUUACUUCUCAGUGCUGAAGUGACUGGGAGUGAAG